GGACUAUGGCCGUGACCUACACAGAGGAGCUGGUGAAGCCGCUGAAGGGCCUGCUGGACACGCAGCACAAGGUGCGCAAGUCGGUGGAGGGAAUGGUGGACAAGACGGCCAAGAGCCUGGCCGAGUGGCGGUCGGCCGAGGCGAAGGCUAAGAAGCUGUCGUACCAGUGUGCGCGCGAGAGCGAGCGGGCGGAGGAGAUGGCACUGGAGGCGCGGCUCGGCAGGGGCAAGCCCACCGGCGACAAGGAGACCAACAAGGUGGAGAGCAGGAGGCAGAAAACAGAGAACGCCAUGGGCAAGGCGGAUGCCGACUACUAUAACUUCUGUCUGCGGGGAGAGCGGGCCCGGUUGGAGUGGGAGACGGCCGUGAACAAGGGCAGCCAGUGCUUCCAGGCGCUGGAGGAGGAGCGGCUGGUGCGACUGCAGUCCGUCCUGCAGGCCUAUCAUCAGAACAUGGCGGCGCUCGCACCUAAGAUGGCGCAGAGCGCUGAGCGGCUGGCCGAACCGGUGACGUGCGCGGACGUCGACCGGGACGUGCAAACCGUGCUGCACGUGAAGGGUGCUGGGCAGGCCACGCCCGAACAGCUGCUGCCCGACUUCUACGCCGAGAACAUGACCAACGCCAUGAAUCGCGAGCGACGGAAAAAGGCUCUUGAGCAGUUCCUUCAGCUGAUUCGUCAGGACGUGGGGCGGGAGAGACGAGGUAAAGAUGGCGUGGAAAAUCUGGCGAAGGCGAUGCAAGAGGCUCCUCACUUCGGCAACGAAGGCUCCCAGAAAGACGUUCACGAAAAACUGCAGCACAUGCGCGCCAUGCUGGCCUACCUGGAGGCGAGUCGGUACAAGAUCCAGGUGGCGCUGGCAGAGGUGGAAGGCCAGACGCGGCCUCAACACCCGCUCAGCAAACACAUCCAACACCACAAGGACCGGCAGGGCAUGACACAGAGUGUACUCAAGGUGCCGAACUGGGUGCGGCUGGACCCGCUGAACCUCUCACCGGAGGACUCCCCGGACUGGGCCACCGACCGGGGCAAGGCGGAUGGCACCUCCAACCAGCACGAGUCAGACUUCGACGAAUUCAGCAGCCACGGUGACCAAUCACCGCCGACGCAGCUCCCGCUGACGUCAUCACCGCCGCCAGCUGACUCGUCCAGUGAGCAGCUGACGGCGUCUCCCUCGCCUGUGGAGCCGGCGCCGUCCAUCGGGCGCUGCAAGGUGCUUUACGACUACAAGGCCAACAUGAACGACGAGCUCACCAUCAAGGCCGGUGACGUCAUCAACAUGCACGACAAGCAGGAGGACGGCUGGUGGCUGGGAGAGUUGAACGGCACCGUCGGCAUCUUCCCCGCCACCUACGUCCAGGAGCUGACCUGACCACGUGACGCCACGCAGCGUCCGGCGGCGGCAGCCGGCGACGUCACGUGACUGCGAGUCACCUCGCGAGAUGUCGCCACCGUGUGGUUCCACUGAGACUUGAGCGGGCUCGAUCAGUGGUGUUUGUGAUCACGGCGCUGCGCGCGGCUGAUAGUCUGGCUGGGAGCCCACACGACUUGUGCCGACCUUGCCUGGAGUGGCUGCUGAUACCACAAGAGCUCGCCGAUGUAGUUAGUAUGUCUGCAUUGCCGUUCUUUGUAAAGUGUUGACCAUGAAGCUCGCUGAAGCUAUGUUUGUACCAUUUUGAGGCAGAUGACUAACAAGCAGUGCUGUUGGUCCCUUGCUGGUGAGUUAAUGUGAUGAUAGAACAGAUUACUUGCCUGAAAUGUAUCUGGGUAAUAUACGACUGCAUGAACUGCAUCGAGCACACUGCAAAUAAGAAAAUAAAUGCUUAGCUACCAUGCGG